AUGGUGACGGACCAAGAAAGCAGGCAACCGAUAUUUUCAAAGCAGUCAGCUUGCGUUAAUAAACAACGGCAAAGAAGGCAACCAAGGUCUGCUGUCGCAUGCCUUUCUUGUAGGAAACGUCACAUUAAGUGUCCUGGUGGUAGUCCAUGCCAGAAAUGCAUCACGAGCAACGCCAUAUGCGAAUACUUGGAACCGUCAAAAAAGAUUGUUGUGUCUACGAAGUAUCUGCAGCAACUGCAGAAGGACUUGAACGAAAAGACUGAAGAGAACAAUCGCCUCAGGGCAUUGCUUUUGGAGAAAGCUGUUAAUAAGUGUGACAAGUACAGCAGUCAUGAAGCUGAAGAACAUACAAACGGCACGCCAACUAGUGACACAUUAGAAGUUUCUAGUGCUCCGGCAGCCCCAAUAUUCGAUCUGAUGUCCUAUAGUAACACAACGUCUGAUAAUGAUGAUGAUGAAAACAGCAACAGGAAUGGGAAGGGAGAUACUGAAAAUAAAAUCGCACUUUCUUCGUUAAAUAACAGGAGCUACGACCACAGUUUGGAGAAAUACUAUAAUAAGUCUAUUCGUAUCUUCACACAACCAGCCAAUGCUACUAGCGAUAAUAACGGCGCUGCUGAUGGUGAUGACGACGACGAUGACGAAGACGAUGAAGAAAUAUCGACAAAUUUUGCCCAGAGAAGCGGUAGACUCAUAGAAUCUCACAAUGGGUUCCAUUAUUUUGUCGGAUCCUCUUCGAUGACUUUAUUUGGGCUAGAAAUUCAAUCAUUAGUGACCAAGUAUAUCUCAAUAAAAAACUUCAGGCCCUUGCCAAUAAACACGAAAAACGAGAUUUUAAACUCAAAUUUGAACCCGAAUAUUAAUUCCUUCAUUAACUCGAAUAAUUAUCUGUUUUCAUCCUUCAACUUUUUGAAUCCCAUAUCGAAGAUUGUCAAUUUGAACUCGAUUAACGAUAAUUUGUCUCCAUUAAUGUUCAAAAUAAUUCUAAAAAAUGAUAAUGAUGAGAAUAGCAAACAAAACGCGAUACAUUUCCAAUUGCCUUCAUACAAUUAUGCGAAACUUCUGAUCGAUUGCUUCAUAAACUAUAAUGAUGGCUGUUUCUACUUUUUCAACGAAGGGUUGGUUAAAUGUGGCAUCAACAAAUUAUAUCUGGAAAAUGAAUGGCUGUACUACGAUAAUACCAAAAAAACGGUGGACAAUGAAAAUGACCCAGUAUUACAAGCUGUUUGGUUUUGCAAAAUUUUAUUGAUCUUAGCGGUGGGUGAAAUGUAUCUAGGCUCCAUUAAUAAUGAAAUGUUGAAAAACUAUUCCAAUCAACCAAAACUACCUGGUUCAAAAUUUUUUCAAAUGGGAUCCAAAAUUUUCAAUUGUCUGUUUUCUAGCGAAAGAUUAGAAAAUGUAACUAAGAAGGGCGGUAUCGAGGUCCUGUUAUUGUACGCGUUUUUCUUACAAGUGGCUGAUUAUACUUUAGCUUCUUAUUUUUAUUUUGGUCAAGGUUUAAGGACUUGUUUGAUUCUAGGUUUGCAUGUUGACUCUCAAAGUGAUACACUAUCCAGAUAUGAAAUCGAACACCAUAGGAGACUUUGGUGGACGGUUUAUAUGUUCGAAAGAAUGCUUAGUUCAAAAGCUGGUUUGCCAUUAAGUUUUACGGACUACACGAUAUCUACAGCAUUACCAGCUGAUAUCGAUGAUGAAAAACCGGAGCACAAGGAUAAUCAUUACGUUUUUAGAAGGGCUGAAUUGAUUUCGAAUUGUGUUACAAUUGUCAAAAUAAAUGCACAAAUCUUGAGUAAAUUAUAUCAAAGGCAGCCUGAAACCAAUAUCAUAAUAACUCUAAAGGUAGUUAUCAAGCAAUUAUUGCAAUGGAGAAAUAAUUUAUCUGAUUUUUUACAAGUCGACUUCACUCAAAAGGACGAAGACUUCAAAAUAUCAAGAUUAUCAACUAAUAUGUUCACAGAAUAUUUUCAAGGUAUCAAUUUAGCUGUGAGGCCUUUGUUGUUUCAUUUUGCAUCCAUCCAGUUGAAAAGGUUUAAGACAAGUAAUACCUUUAUCAACUUGCAAAAUUAUUCAACAACCAUUUCUUCUUUGUUAACAUGUUCCUUGCAUGCCUCUGUUAAUACUAUCAGAUCUCUGUGGAGCUUAUUACAGAAUAAUAUGCUUGCUAUGUUCGGGUAUAUGGAUAGGGAAUAUCUUUUUACCUCUUCUUGCACUUUGCUAUUGUUUAAUACCGCCUUUGGUAUUCAUGAACAAACGUUAUAUCAUUUGGAUCAUUCUUUGGAAAUUUUUACACAAAUGAGAAACUUAGGCAAUAUUCCAGCAGGUUUGAGAAGGGCACAAUUGUUAACCCUGAUGGCCAAUUUGGAUUUCCAUGGCAUAAUGAAUGAUUUAAUCACUAAAUAUAACGAUAUUUUGAAAUUUGAUUCAAUGAACUGUGAAAAUGAUAAUGAGACAGACAACGAUAAUGAAAUAAAAAUAGAAAGGGAGAAAGGGAAAGUCAGAAAAAACACUAGUCAUAUCGAUCGUUCAAUUAUAGACUGCAAUAAACAAAACUCAAGCGGAAAUAUGAUCAAGCAUGAAUCUAUAGCGAACAUUGCCAAUAUACUUCCUGAUAGUACUAAGUCAAGUAUAAGUGAUUAUAGCAAUAAGAAUAAUGGCGAUGGUGAUGUUGAUGAUAUCAACAUCAGUAGCACAGAACCGUCUACUUUUUUUGACAUUAUAACUGCAAGUUUGGAGAAUUCAUACCAGACCACAUUGACUAAAAAGGGAUCUCAGGUGAUGGAAAAAAACAUGGACCAAUUAGAUUCCGUUCAUAACCUGAAUGAUGAUGACUUACAACAGUUGUUAGAAGAUUUAGGCAACAUUGAUCAUUCUGAUGAAAAACUUUGGAAAGAAAUCACUGACCAAGCAAUGUGGUUAGGUAAUACCAUGGAUCCAACCGCAGCGGCAGGGAGUGAAAUUGACUUUACUGAUUAUUUAGGACCAUAG